CUUCAAUAUUCUACAUUCAUGGAGCACCAAUACCUCUCCUUUCCAGCAGUCUCCGCCUUCAUUAUCUUUUUGUUGAUGCUGGUGAGACUGGGGAAGCGAUUCAGAACCGAAAGCUCGACACCAAAUCUACCUCCAGGUCCAUGGAAGUUGCCCGUCAUAGGGAGCUUGCACCUCCUUGCUGGUCCUCUACCCCAUCAAAAAUUAAGAGAUAUGGCAGAGAAAUAUGGCUCCUUGAUGCAUCUUCAGCUCGGACAACUUUCCAACAUCGUAGUUUCUUCCCCGCAAACCGCUGCAGAAGUGAUGAGAACUCAUGACAUCAUUUUCUCCAGUAGGCCUUCUCUACUUUCCACAACUAUUUUAACUUAUAAUGCCACAGACGUUGCGUUUGCCCCCUAUGGAGACUAUUGGAGACAGUUGCGAAAGAUUUGUGUGCUGGAGAUGUUAAGUCUAAAACGUGUGCAAUCGUUCACUCCGAUUCGGGAAGAAGAGGUAUCGAAGCUGGUUACAGCAAUUUCUUCAAAAGCAGGAUCACAAGUCAACCUCAGUGAGUGCUAUAUUUUCUCAUACGAAAUCGUUUCGAGGACUGCUUUUGGUGGGAAAUGCAAAGAGAAAGAUGAAUUCACAAUACUUUUCAGGGAAGUGUUACGGUUCGGUGCAGGUUUCAAUGUUGCAGAUUUGUUCCCUUCAGCCAAAUUACUCGAGUAUAUAACCGGAUUGAGGCCUAAAGUUGAGAGGCUGCACCAAAACCUGGAUAAGAUUUUCGAAAGUGUCAUCGAUGAACAUAAAGCUAGCAAGGGAAUUGAGGGUGAACCAGAUGGUCUUGUAGAUGUUCUUUUGAAUCUUCAGGAGAAUGGAGACCUCGAAUUUCCUUUAACAACUGAUAACAUCAAAGCAGUAAUCAUGGAUAUUUUCAUUGCUGGGAGUGAUACAUCGUUCACAACACUAGAGUGGGCAAUGUCAGAAAUGCUGAAAACCCCAAGAGUUAUGCAGAAGGCUCAAGCAGAGGUGAGACAAGUUUUCAAUAGGAAAGGUAAUGUUGAUAGUGAAGGGCUACAUGAAUUGGAGUAUUUGAAACUUGUUAUCAGUGAAACAUUUAGAUUGCACCCUCCUCUUCCAUUGCUACUUCCAAGAGAGUGCUCACAGGGAUGCAAAAUCAAUGGAUAUGAUAUACCGGUGAAGUCCAGAGUCAUCGUUAAUGCAUGGGCGAUCGGAAGGAACUCUGAGUAUUGGGAUGAAGCCGAGAGAUUUUAUCCAGAGAGGUUUAUCAACAGUUCAGUUGACUAUAAAGGGGCUAAUUUUGAACUGAUUCCAUUUGGUGCCGGAAGAAGGAUGUGUCCUGGCAUGUUGUUUGGUAUUGCAAAUGUUGAGCUGCCUCUUGCAAAGUUGCUCUACCAUUUUGACUGGAAACUUGCUGGUGGAAGGAAGCUUGAAGAUCUUGACAUGGAUGAGGUUUUCGGGGCUGUUGUUAGAAGAAAAAAUGAUCUGUGCUUGGUUCCAACGCCUUAUUCGCCGGUUGCCGGUUGA